AUGGCGAUCGCACGUCCGAUUCGCAUGUUAGGCGCUGCUUGCGUUUUACUAACUCUAUUUCUUAUUUUCAAUCUACAUCAGUCCUCUGACCAACCUUCUUCCAAAUUGGUCAAUGGCAUGACCCGGGAUCCCCUUCUAGACCCCACGGGUGAACCGGAAGGGGUCUUAUGGCGAGCCGAUGAGCAUGAUUAUUCUCCCGAUAGCCAAAACUCGGCGCGCACCAAUGCCGCCCUGAUCACCCUGGUGCGCAAUGAGGAACUUCACGACCUCCUCAAGACCAUGCACGAUCUCGAGCGCACCUGGAACAACAAGUUUAACUAUCCCUAUAUCUUCUUCAACGAUGUUCCUUUCUCCGAGGAAUUCAAGGAGAAGACCAAGGCCGCCACCAAAGCCCAUGUCCAAUAUGAAUUGGUACCUAGGGAGCACUGGGAGGUUCCUAGCUGGAUCAACAUGGAUCUCUUCCGCGAAUCCGCCCAGCUGCUCGAAGAGCAAAACAUCCAGUACGCGUCGAAGAUUUCCUACCACCAGAUGUGUCGCUGGAACAGCGGCAUGUUCUACAAGCACCCGGCCCUCGAGAAAUACCGCUACUACUGGCGCAUCGAGCCCAAGGUCCAGUUCUUCUGCGAUGUUGACUAUGACGUCUUCCGAUACAUGGAGGACCGCAACAAAACCUAUGGGUUCACCAUCAACCUCUAUGACGCACCCCAGACUAUCGCGACUCUCUGGCCCCAGACCAAGAAGUUCCUGGCGGCCAACCCGUCUUAUCUAAACGAAAACAACAUGAUGGAUUGGAUCACUGAUGACCAGGCCCGCCCCGAGCACAAUGAGAAAGCGAACGGCUACUCGACCUGUCACUUCUGGUCCAACUUCGAGAUUGGUGACUUAGAUUUCUUCCGUGGUGAGAAGUACGAGGCCUACUUCCAGCACCUCGACCGCGCAGGUGGCUUCUUUUACGAGCGCUGGGGUGAUGCGCCCGUCCACUCGCUUGGUAUCGGUCUGUUCGCCGACUCGAACAAUGUACACUGGUUCCGUGAUAUCGGAUACAACCAUAUCCCCUACUACAACUGCCCCAAUUCGCCCAAGUGCUCCGGAUGCAAAGCCGGCCAGUUCUUCGGGGGCGCCGACUGGCUGUCCAAGGAAGACUGCCGUCCGUCCUACUUCAAGCACGUUGGAACACACUAA